AUGAGCCGCUUACGCCCCGUGGCGGACUCCCUGGAAAAUGUGGGAUUCGUGUCAAAGGGUGAUAAGAAGCUGCUAGACCCCAAAGUCCAGACCGAGUACUUUGACAAGAUAGUCGACCGAUAUAUGCGAUUCUGCGCCCACCACUCCAAAGACCUCGAUGCUGCACUAGCCUCCCUACCCACAAGUGCCUCAAAUGACGCAACCUCCAAUCCUCCCGCCGCCCAGCGACCCUCAACAUCAACCCCCUCACAGCGGGGUGUCCCGCCCCCGUCAACAGAGCUAUCCACACUCCUCCUGUCCCUACGCAAGCUGCGCGAAGCUGUUCUAGCAACAGCCUCAAAUACCACGGCCACAUUCUCACAACGAGUCCACGUAUUCUCGAUCCGCUUGUCUAUUCUUGCGCAUCACCCUCCGUCGUAUUUCCCCUCUCUGCGAUAUAGCCUCGAUAAACUACACUCCCAAUCACACCCACUGCCAGACUCCGAAGCCAAGGAACUGGUCACUUAUUUAAUUUUGGAUUAUGCCUGUCGCCAACAGGACAUGGUUGCAGCCUUCGAGCUGCGCGCUCGGGCGCGAAAGGAGCAUGCAUUCCAUUCGCAGACGGUCGAUAAAGUCUUGGCGGCCUUGUUGCACGAUAAUUGGGUUAUCUUUUGGCAAUUGCACAACAGCGUCGACUCAUACACGCGUGCUGUGAUGAAUUGGGCCUCGGACCGUGUUCGCAGGCACGCACUCAAGGCUGUUGGUAGUGCUUAUCUCAACGUGCAUAUCAGUUGGAUUGUGGGUGGUUGCACUGGUGAUGAGCGGAGUUGGACGUGGGACAAGUUGGUUGAGGUUGAAAAGCUUGGUUGGGAGAGGGAAGAUGACAAGAUUAUCAUUAAACGGCCGCGGCAGCGUGCCCCGCCGAAGCCGGAGUCAACGACGGUAUGA